AUGCCUCACCAGUUCCCCGCCCUGACCCCGGAGCAGAAGAAGGAGCUCUCCGAUAACGCACAGAAGAUCGUGGCCAAAGGCAAGGGCAUCCUUGCAGCUGAUGAGUCCACAGGCAGUAUCGCUAAGCGUUUGAGCUCAAUCAAUGUGGAGAAUACAGAAGAGAACCGCCGCUUCUACCGCCAGCUCCUCUUCACCGCUGAUGACCGAGUCAACCCCUGCAUCGGUGGCGUCAUCCUCUUUCAUGAAACCCUCUACCACCAUGCCGAUGACAAGCGCACCUUCGUUCAGGUCAUCAAGGACAAGGGGGCUGUGGUUGGAAUCAAGGUUGACAAAGGUGUUGUCCCACUGGCUGGAACCAACGGAGAGACCACAACUCAAGGUUUGGAUGGGCUCGCUGAACGCUGCGCUCAGUACAAGAAAGAUGGUGCCGACUUUGCCAAGUGGCGUUGUGUUCUGAAGAUCUCUGAGCAUACCCCCUCCAAUCUGGCCAUCAUUGAGAAUGCCAACGUCCUGGCCCGUUACGCCAGCAUCUGCCAACAGCAUUGCAUCGUUCCCAUUGUGGAGCCUGAGGUGUUGCCUGAUGGAGACCAUGACCUUAAACGCUGCCAGUACGUCACUGAGAAGGUCCUGGCUGCUGUCUACAAGGCCUUGAGUGAUCACCAUGUGUAUCUCGAGGGUACUCUGUUGAAGCCCAACAUGGUGACCCCAGGGCAUGCCUGCACCAAGAAGUUCUCUCCUGAGGAGGUAGCAAUGGCAACUGUCACUGCUCUGCGCCGUACCGUUCCCCCUGCUGUCGCUGGCAUCACCUUCCUGUCCGGUGGGCAGAGUGAGGAGGAAGCCACCAUUCAUCUGAAUGCCAUCAACAAGUGCCCACUGCACCGACCUUGGCCAGUCACUUUCUCUUACGGUCGCGCCCUGCAGGCUUCUUGUCUAAAGGCAUGGGGUGGCAAGAAGGAGAACGUCAAGAAUGCACAGGAGGAGUACAUCAAGCGCGCGCUGGCCAACAGCUUGGCUUGCCAGGGCAAGUAUGUUCCUAGUGCCCAGGCUGGAGCAGCUGCUGGAGAAUCCCUCUUCGUCUCCAACCAUGCCUAUUAA